AUGUUUAAUAUUGAAUUUGAUUAAGAUUUUGAAUUAAGAGCUGUCCAAAAUGAAGAUUUUGAAUAAUAAUAUCUUGAUAAUUGUUUAAGAGAAUCUAGAAAAGAGCCUAAUACAACAUAUCCUCACAUUAGCAGAUCAAUUAGUUCAAAAAGUAUUGAAGCUGAAUGUCUUCACAAAACCCCAGAUACACCUUUUGAUGAGGUUGUUACAUCUGCUUAAAGUUCUGAACUUCUUUUUCGCAAGAUUGUUUAACAAUAAGAUAGACGAAGUAGUAUUCCUAAUGCAGGAACAAGCUUGAUGUGUAGUUUUUAUAUUCGUAGAUUCAUUGAAAAAAUUUCAUCAAGCAGAAAAAGAAUAUUAAGUAUGAAUGAAAUUCAUUUUAAUUUAAUAGAAGAUAAGGCUGCUGAUAUGUAUAUUUUAUUUUAAAUAGGUAAAACUUAUUUAAUUACUAACAUCAAUGCAAAAUUUAAGGAUCAUCUUUUGGAAAAAUGAAGGCCUUUUUAAGGAAAGAUACUGGCUUAAGGAAUAAAAGUCUCUAUGAAUAAAUGAAAUCAAGAUUAAAAAUAAUGAAGAAAAACAUUUUCGACAUUAUUACUACAUUAGUAAACAAAAUUCCUAUAAUUUAACCUGAAUCACGUUUUAAGAUGAUUUGGGACUUCUUUGCUUCUUUUUUUAGAAUUAUUUUAGUCUUACUUAUCCCAUUAGAGAUAGCAUUUGACCCUGGUAUACUAUUUGUACAUUAUAUUUAUUUGACAGCCUUAAUUAUUGUAAUAUUAUAAAUUGACUUUCUAAUACGAAUUAAUACUUUAUCAUAUAGAAAUGGAGCAGCAAUUUAAAAUAGAUGGGAUUUACUAAUUCAUUAAUUGAAAUAAGAAUUUUUGACUGAUUUUUCAACUUCAUCUGUACUGAUAAUUUUCAUGAUUGUAUCUGAAAUCAAUAAUAAUAAUAUUAAUUUCUUUUUGCUUGUAGUGUUAGCAUAAUUUAAAUAUAUUUAUGAGACUUUUGCAAAAAGUGAUCAAAUUUCUUAUUUAACAAGACCAUUAAGGGGAAUAAUAAAUUUAAUUAAAUUAAUAUUUACUUUAUUAUUUAUACUUCAUCUUUUUAGUUGCAUUUGGUUUUGGUUUAGUUAAAUAAGUUUAGAUGAUUCUUGGAUAAGAUAUAACAAUUUAGAUAUAAAAACUUGGGAGUUACAAUAUUUAGAAUCGUUAUACUUUGCUGUAGUUACAAUGUUAACUAUUGGUUAUGGUGAUAAUGUUCCUAAAAAUUCAAUAGAAAAGAUUGUGACUAUAAUAUUUAUUUUAGGGGCAUGUAAAAUUUCAUAUCAUUUUAUAGGUUUAUGGUUCUCAUAUAGUGUUAAUUUUAUAGGGGGAAUUAUAGAUGAUAUAUUUUAGAAUUAGAUAGAAAGAAAUAGAAAAAUGAGAGUUAUUAAUAAAUAUAUGGAUCAAAGAAAAAUACCAUUUAAUAUGAAACAUAAGUAUAUAAUAUUUUUAAGUAUUUUAGAAUAAAAGAGUAUUUAACAUUUAGAUGGAAAGAAGAUGAUGAAGUUGAUUUAGAAAUUGAAUAAACACUAUUAGAAUAAUUGUCUGAUGAACUUAAGGAAGAAUUAGAUAAAGAAGUUCAUAAAAUCUUUAUUAAAAAAUCAGCUUUUCUUUAAAAUUUUGGAGAAGACUUUAAAGAUGCCUUAUCAAAGUCAAUUAAAAGAAAAAUUAUACCUCCCUAAAAUACAUUUUCAAUAGACUUUGAUAAUUAAAUAAAUUUAUGUUUUAUAGAAUAGGGAAUUUUACUUUAUUAACAUCCUGAUAGGAAAUAGAGAGCUAAAAUGAAUUCUUAAAUUAAAUAAGAAUAAUUUUUUUGUGUUAGAGAAUUUAUUAUUUAAAGUCCUAAUAUUGAAUAUUUUAAAUCAAAUGGUUAUGUAAGUUUGUUAAUACUUUCAAAAAAAGAUUUUUUAGAUACAAUAAAGAAUUAUCCUGAAGAUUUUUAGAAAUUCUGUGAAAUAAAAGAAUAAAUGAAUUUAAAUAUGUAUCCUCCAUAAAUAGAAAAUGGUGUAUUUUGCCCUGCAUGUCUUAAAUUUGACCAUAAUUUAAAAAAUUGUCCAUAAAUACAAUAUACACCUGAUAAAGAAGUUAUUUUAAAACGAUAUUUAUUACCAAGAGAAUAAAAAAGAAAAUAUAAAAAUAGAAACAAUUCUAAAAGAUUUUAAAGUGAGUAAACUAUUAAAAAAGCAAGAUUAGAAAAGGAUUUGAUUUAGUAAUUUGCUUAAGUAUUUUAAUCUGAUAAUAUUUAAUUAAUUUAAGAAUAAUAAAAGAUUCAAAUGGUUUAUGAAUAAGAAUCAUUUAGUUCAAGUGCAGAUUGUAGUCCUUGUUUAAAAGUUGAGAAUGAAGGGAAAUUUUCAGCAGCAGUUUCAAAAUCUAAAAAAUUAAUUAAUAUUGAUUAAUAACCUUAAGUUAUUAAUACCUCAAAACUUAUUGAAGUCAGAGCUAAUCUUCAUUAAGCAUUAUAAAAUAGAAAACAAUCAAUAUUUAAUUUAAACAUCUCUUCAGGUUUAGGUAGAAGUCCAAAAAGCAUGAUUAUUUGUUAAAAAGAUUGUAUUAAGGAAAGUGAUGAGAGUGAUGAGAAAAGUAAUAGUAGUAGUCAGAGUUAAAAAUCAGAAAAUAAAUAGAAUAAAAAUUUAUUUACAGUGGCAGAUUUUAAUGAUAAUAUGAUUGAAAACAUAACUAAUUUAUAUCAUUAGCUCUAAAGAGAACUAGAAUUUAAUGAAAAUGAUUCAACUAUUCAAAAAGCUUACUUUUAAAUAGAACCUCUUUAUUGGUAAAUUAAUUAACAAAGAUUAUAUGAUUUCGAAGUCAUGGCUUCUUAUGAUUAUUUCUUUAAAAAUUCAAAUUUUAAUGAAAUCAUUAAAAACAAUCAUCAAAAUGUUAAUUUAAAAUGGCAAUUAUAAUUUCUUGAAAAAUUACAAAAGUAUAUGCUUUAUCCAUUUAUUUUUAUUUAAAAAUAUUUAAAUAAAAAAAGAAAUCUAAUAAAUUCAGAACAAAUAAAGCAUAAUCCAUCUAAAAGAUUAAAUAGUAGACUGAAUACUUUAAAAAAUAGUUUAAAAUUGAAAAAGAAAACAGUUAUAUUAAAACCAAUUUUAAAACUUGGAAAAGUAGUUCCAGAAAUAUGA